GGCCUGGCCUCGCUAAAGCAAAGGAGGAAGAAGAUGUCUUGCUUCGUGCCUUUCAACAGGAGGAAUCUAGACAUAAGCUUCUUCGUGUUCCGGCCAACUUUGGUUCUCGUGGACGAGCUCGUCGAGGCUCUGAAGCGAUUCGCCGCGUCCACGGGAACUCUCGGCUGCAUCCAAAGUUCCAUUUUCAGGAGCAUUCACGGGAACAUGAUCAUAUGGUACGCAGCAUGGAUGAGGAAAUCAAGCGGCGACAAAGAGUCGCUGAACGCUAAAUUGCUAUCGAUGUUGACGGAUGUAUCCAGCAUGGCCAUCCUCGUCGAGUACAGCUUCUUCGAACCCUAUGCGGGCGAGUCACGGGAUGGCUCGCCGGCCGCCAAGUUCUCGACGGGCGACAUCAUAUCGGUCGAUGCCGCCGAGUCCACUGCCGACGAGGUCGGCGACCUGGCCUAUGCGUGCUUAGCGCUGUUCAAGUCUCGGUUUCGCAAAGAUCGAGGGCGUGGACGCUGGCGUGUGCUUGAGAUCGCAGAGCCGGCCGAGGGUGGCAUGCAUCCACGUGUGGAGAUCGCUUCAGUUCUGCUACUCGUGGAUCUUGAACUCGGAGUACCGGAACGCGGUCCGCCCGUAUCUCGACCGCUUCUCUCUCGACCUCAAGUACGACAUCUUCAAGGUGGUGUACGUGAGUAGUGAAGGUUCAGCGGGCUACCAUCGCCAUGUCUAUCCUCAUCCCAUGUUAGGGCAUGAGGGAGAAAGCAAUGAGAGGACGGUCGUGCAGUAACUGACUGAGAGUGGUUAAUUUUUGUUUGUGAGUAUAAAUUGCAGUAUAUUUGUAAGAAAUUUCGAGUAUAAUUUUUUUUUUUUUGGCUACUUUGUGAGUAUAGGCAUAAUUAAAAUUCGAG